AUGGCUUCAACGAUUCAACAACUUUGGGCUCGUGCCGAUGCUGGCUCUGGUGGGCACUCCGCAGGCGGCCAUGGAGGCAACUCUACAGGUGGCAGCAGUACUGGCCAAAUGUCUCAAGAAGAGCUUCGUGCAUUCCGCCACUGGAUGUCACUCGUGAAUGGCGAAAUGGCGAAAUGGUACGGAUUGGGCCUGGGUGCCAUAAUCUUUUUAUUCAUCUUCUUUCACGUUUCGAGAACAUUUAUGCACCUUCAAGGCCGUCGAGGAAUUAUGGGAAGAAUGCUUGCAUCACCGUUCCGAGGAUUUCGAAAAAUCGCUUUGCGAAAAAUGCCCAGAUUCACUUCAAACGGGCAUUUUGGUUUAAUAGCUGUGUAUACUGGUCUCAACGUCUUUUUCGCUGUUUAUAGAAUGGGAUGGGGAGGCAAGUACGGGACUGGUUUCAUCUCAAAAAGAUGUGGAUGGCUCUCUCUUGUCAAUUUGGCUUUGGUGUUUCUUUUGGCCAUGAAGAACAAUCCCUUUACCUUCAUCACAGGGUACUCUCAUGAAAGACUAAACGUCCUCCAUAGGUGGGCGGGGCGAUUCUGUUGGAUCCAAGGCACUAUCCAUGUCACCCUUUACAUAUAUAGCUGGACGAAGAGUGGAAGCUUCUUAUCCCGUCUCAGUCAAGAAGAUUGGUCAUAUCGGGCAGGUCUGAUAGCUUGGAUCUUCUUCACCAUACUCUUCUUAUCCUCCUUUGCAUUCAUCCGCAGACGAGCAUAUGAGUGGUUCUAUAUCGUCCACAUCAUCUGCGCUCUUGGUGCUGUUGCCUCGCUAGGUUUCCACGAGCCAACGACAUAUGGCGCAGCCUUGUACCUGGCAUCCGCUAUGUGGAUUUUUGAUCGCCUGGUUCGAUUAUUCCGUGGAUUUCACUACAGCAAAGGAACCAAAGCUACCAUCUACCCGCUUCCCGGAGACUGCGUCAAGGUUGUUCUCAAUAAAACUGCGACUUUCCAGCCUGCAUCUCAUGGAUUUAUCAACAUCCCAUCAAUCAAGCUCUUCCAAAGUCACCCUUUUACUAUUUCUUCGGCCGACUCCCUCGAGUUCAUCAUCCGUGCUCAGAGAGGGUUCACUCGCAAGCUAUAUGACAGAGCCGUUCUGAAUCCUGGUGAAUCCCUUGGGUGUUAUUUCGAUGGCCCAUAUGGCAAUAUUCCGGACUACCGAAGGAUGAACCGUCUUGUCCUGUUUGCUGGAGGUAGCGGUGGAUCAUUUUCAUUCGCUAUUGCUACGGACAUCGCCCGCAAUCUAAAGCGGUGCUCUGUCGAAAGCAUCGAGUUUGUUUGGGUUAUUCGCGAAAGAUCCCAUACAAAAUGGUUCGAAAAGGAACUUGAGGAACUACAGAACUGUCCUAUCGUAAACCUGCGUAUCUUCGUCACUCGCCAGCCUUCGGAUCUCAUCAAUACACACCCAGAGUCUCCAACAAAUGCAACAGCAGAAGACCUCCAAGGAUCUCUUCCCGUCCAGGAUAGUACAGACUCCGGUUUAACCUUCGACGAGAAACCUGGUGGCCCUUCGCAUGCAAACUCAACCGAUCUUCUUUCUAUCCCAGAGAAGGCUUUGGAACUUGUCAUUGAUACUAAGGUUAGACAAGUCAACAGGAUUGGCUCUGACGGAAGCCUCAGAGGAGAUAUCUUUGAGUAUGGCCGGCCGGAGAUGGACAUGAUCGUACAAGAUGCUAUCCGAAAUGCCACCCAGAACGACCUUGUUGCGGUCGGAGCCUGUGGUCCCACCGAGCUUAUGAGAUGCGCUAGAAAUGCAACGGCUUCUGCUAUCACGGUUAAUGGACCAAGCAUCUCUCUUCACUGUGAGCAGUUCGGAUGGGGCUAA